GUUAAAAAUAAUUUUAUAUCUUCAGCGUCUAGUCAAACUUCACUCGCGCUUGCUUAAGGAACGUUAAUCAAGCACUCAUAACAGCAUCGGGCUGUUGGUAUUUGUUGUGGCAGUUGGUCUUUGGCAAAGCUCGGACAAGCUUGUUUGAAGUGAUUUUUCUGCGAUACAUUGUUGUGGAUUUAUAAGAAGUUCAGACGGAGCCGAAGUGACUUAAGUCACUUUAAAGCUCUACUCACCAAUGGAUGCCUGGGGAAACUUAGAUAUUACAGCUGCCGUAGUCAGGGAUGACCUAAAUAGCAGCUUCCGAAGGUCAAAAAGAAUCACUAUUGAAAAGCUCCCCGAUAAGGUGCUUCUUCACAUCUUCAGCUACUUAAGCCACAAGGAAAUAUGUCGUAUGGCUAAAGUGUGCAAGAAGUGGCGCAUGAUCGCCUAUGAUACCAAGCUCUGGAAAAACGUGUCCUUAAGACCUGAGAUUUCGGGUCUACAUGUGGGGUCAUUAGAGUCUCUCCUAGCUUUGAUAAGCAUAAGAUUUGGUCCCUCGCUUAGAUACAUAGAGCUUCCCAUUGAGCUUAUCACCCAUACUGUUUUACACGAACUGGCCAACAAGUGUCCAAACUUGACCCACAUGUUGCUCGACUUUUCCACUGCUAUGCAGCUGCAUGACUUUAGCGAGCUUCAGGCUUUCCCCACCAAGCUCAGAUAUCUUUGCAUUUGCUUAUCAGAAGUCAUCUUUAUGGAAGGGUUUAUGAGAAAAAUUUACAACUUUAUUAAUGGCUUGGAGAUUUUGCACUUGAUUGGAACAUACGAGAAGAUUGAGGAAGAGGAAGAAGAAAUCUAUGAGGUUAUCAACGUCCAUAAACUCAAAUCAGCCACUCCAAAUUUGAGGGUUAUUAAUCUGUACGGGAUUAACUUCGUGGACGACAGCCACAUUGACGCUUUCAGUUCCAACUGUAUUCAGUUGGAGUGUUUGGCGGUCAACUAUUGUGCCAAAGUGACGGGGUCCACCCUCAAAACCUUGUUCCAAAGAAGCAGAAGAUUGAAGUGUCUCCUCAUGAAUGGAACAAAUUUACAAAGCGACUAUCUCACGCAAGUGGAAUGGGAGAAGUGUUCCUUACAAGAACUAGAUAUUACGGCCACGGAUCUAUCAACUGAGGCUUUGCAAGAUAUGCUUUCGCGUCUUCCUGGGCUUCGAUUUUUAAGUGCAGGCCAGCUUAACGGCUUUAAUGAUACCGUUCUGAAGACAUGGGUGGAAUCUGGAAUGGCCCGAAAUUUAGUGGCUCUAGAUUUGGACAGUUCUGACAACUUGAGUGAAGAUGCUAUCUAUAAGUUCUUGUGUAAGCAUGGACACCAGUUGUGGGGCUUAGGUUUGUCUGGAAUGACCCAUAUUACUGAUUCCUUGUGGCAGUCGGUACUACCCAUACUCACGAACGCCAAGAUUUUGAUCAUGGGUACCCAGGAGCGUCUAGGUGUUAAUAUCCUCGUUGAUCAGUUGAUGGAUAGUAUUGCUAGGAAUUGUUUGGCCGUUGAAAGAUUAGAGUUGAGGUGGGAUCCCGAUAAUCUUCGUUUUUCUGAUAAGAGCCAGAAGGCUAUUGACACUCUGAGAGUGAAGUGUUUGAAACUCAAGUGUUUAAGCUUGAGUGAUGGUCGUUACUAUGAGAUUACCAAAGCCAAUUUCGAGCGUGCCGACCGCAUGACCGUGGUCAGGACAUUGACCAACUGUCGGGUCUCUAAUUACUAUCUUCUUUCCAACUACAAGGACUUGGUAUUCAAUUAAAUGAAACGUGCCAACGUAACUUAAAAUAAUUUUUAUUGUUCUAUAAUAAAUUAUAUAACAGUAUAGCUCAGGAGUGCCUCAGUGACUUAAGUGUUUUAUAAAAUUUAAUAAUAGAAAAAAUAACAAAGAAAAUUGAAUUCGAUAAGGAAAGUUGACUUUAUAACACCUAUCUGCUCUGUACAAUAGAUAUAUACAUAAAAAUUUUUGCACAUAAUAUACAUAAGUACCAUUUCAACAAUAAAGAAUCAAAAGAAA